AUGACUGUCCAAGGUGACUCAUCAGCAAGAGUUGUUCAAGCAGGUAAGGAAGGGAAUAAUAAUAAGCCUGAGGUGUCUGCUCAAAAGGAACCAUUUGAGAGAACUGGAGCUGGUUACAUGCGGAACCUAGGGCUUGGGGGAAACAAGUUUAGCACACAUGAAGUGCCAAGUGUUGAUUCUAAAAAUGGAAAAGGAGAAGAUGGAAGAGGGACUUCAAAGAUUUCAGGCGAGGAGAAUGAUGGUUUGAAGAAGUCCUUUGGAAAAUCACAACAACUGAGGAAUGAUCACCAGAAGCUAGUGAAAAUGGGACCAAAGGAAUAUUUGAAACACACCAAGUUUGUAAUUCCAAGGAGUAUUCCCACCAGCAAAAACACCAAGUGUUCACGAGAUUGCAAUGCCAUGUCAAUUAAAUCCAGCUUAGGGACUGAAGAACUUGAAGGAACUGCUCAGAAAGAUGAGACCCAAAGGCUUGUUGAGGCUGCAAAAGAAAUUGCAAACCUGAUAUAUAAGGAUUAUAAAGGAAGACCAACCCACAGGCCACCCAUUAAUAAUCAUGAGCCUAGAAAUUGAGAUCGAUAUAGUAAAAUAAUUAAUGGCAUAGAUAUAUCCAAGCUCGCAAUUUUGCACCAUGUUCUUGCUAGCAGCUACCUGGAUAAUGGCCUUAGAUAUAUAUAAUAUAGGUUUGCUUUAUAUCAUAGUUUUUUAUGUGUCACAAAGGCAGAGCCAUAGGACUUAAAAAUAGUUGUUUCUUUUCAUACUAAAAAUAGAUAUAUGUAGAACGCAUGCAGUUUGAGUGUUGUAAUUAAGUGUAUCUUCAUAACAUCUUACGAAUGUGAAUUAUGACUUAAUUU